AAUAGCCGGUGACGCCCCCGCCUGCGUUCUUAAACCCCGAGCUUGGACCUUCUGCACCUUUUUGCUGCAGAUGUAUGCCGAAGUGCGGAACGCGACUUAAUACAAAGGAUGAAGCAACAUUAUAAUUAAUAAGGUCCAUUUACAACGCUUUUAGCAAUCGCCGCGCUAACCAUCGAGACACCGUGCAAUGUCGCUGCCUUUUUGCUGAGUGAUUACUUUCAACGCAAUAUUUCCCCCAACGCAUACAACCAGAGCGAUGCCAUAGAGCCUCGGGUUUCACACUCUUGCUAAGACAUUGCCGCAUUCUAGUCAAACAUGGUGCACCUAUUAGAUGGAUUCCGUCGAGGCACCGGGGGCCAGAAAUUCUUCUUCGCCCUCUCACUGGGGGUUGCGUUUGGCUUCAUGUCAGCCUACCUCAUGUUGUCGGUGUCCCAGGGAGGCGACCUGCUGUUCCUCGGAGGCCGCUACUCUGAAGAUGGUGUGAUGCGCCACGACCCUCACAACCACCAGGACGCGGAAAGCAUGCUCGACGGGCCCAAUAUGGAAGUCGGCUCGCACGAUGGAGAUGAGGAAUUUCACCAAGGCGGAGAUGACGAAGCCAAAAAACUUGCGAAAGAAGUGAGGGUCUUGUGCUGGGUGAUGACUAACCCAAGUAAUCAUAAGAAAAAGGCGAAGCACGUGAAGGCAACAUGGGGCAAGAGGUGCAACAUCUUGCUCUUCAUGAGUUCCGAGAAUGAUUCGUCUCUGCCAGCAGUAGCUUUGCCUGUGUCCGAGGGGCGAAAUAAUUUGUGGGCCAAAACGAAGGAAGCUUUUCGAUAUGUUUAUGAAAAUUAUUAUGAUAAAGCUGACUGGUUUAUGAAGGCAGACGAUGAUACGUACGUUGUAGUGGAAAAUUUACGUUACAUGCUGUCUUCUUACAACGCAGCAGAGCCAUUGUACUUCGGCUGUCGCUUCAAGCCAUAUGUGAAGCAAGGCUACAUGAGUGGUGGGGCAGGGUAUGUUUUAAGCAAAGAGGCGCUCAAGAAAUUUGUCGUUGAAGGCAUUCCAAAUAAAGCUAAGUGCAGACAAGAUCACGAUGGCGCCGAGGAUGUGGAAAUGGGGAAAUGUUUAGAAAGGGUGGGUGUGCAAGCAAAGGACACUCGAGACUCAUUGGGGCGAGGACGGUUUUUCCCGUUUGUUCCCGAGCACCACCUCAUACCUGGCCAUACAAAUAAAGACUUUUGGUACUGGAAAUAUAUUUACUACCCCAGUGAGGAGGGAAUGGGAUGUUGUUCUGAUUCUGCUGUUUCCUUUCAUUACGUCAGCCCAAAUCUGAUGUACGUAUUGGAGUACUUGAUUUACCACUUGCGACCGUACGGCAUUACGGGUCAUGUGCAUCAAACGAACCGAGCCACCACAGCUCGCUCGGAAACUAUCUCGUAGCUGUAGAUCAUUGCAUCACAUUGUGUCGGAAUGCCAUGCAUCUAGUCUGUGAAUGUUUGACUCUAAUAUGGAACUUUCAUCAUCAUUUCCAAGUGAUACGGAAGCAAAGUUUAUUUUUCUUUUAUUUUAUUUAAAGAUGAUGUACUUACUGAAUUCAGACUUGUUUACAACCAAUUUGUGAAAAAACUCAUUUCUCAGUCAAAUGCCUUAGUCAUUUUGUAGUUCCAUAAUAAUUUUAUUAUACAUGUACAAAAAGAUGACAACGGAUUAAAGAAGAAUGAAAUUUUGAA